AGAGCUGCGAUGAGGCUGAGGCUGGAGGGUGCCCGCGCUUAGGGCGGCGGCUGGAGGCAGUGAACCGAGUUCCCGCGAGGAUCAAUGACCUGACGAGGUGCUGAAGCCGCGCUGCCUCUCGAGUGGCCUGGGUCGGUGGUGAACCCGGUGCUCGCGGAACUCGGGCGGGUCCGUGAGCCUCAGUCUCCCGGUGCGUGGUGAGGAGAAAGCUGAGGAACGGGAACCGCGGCGGCGCUCGUGCGGCGCCUGCGGGGGGAAGGGCAGUUCCGGGCCGGGCCGCGCCUCAGCAGGGCGGCGGCUCUCCCGGCGCAGACUCAGGGCCCCGGCAGCGGCGGCGACUGGAGGAAUCUGGGCGUUCGGUCGGGGAUGCCCGAGUGAGCAGCGGGCCUGGGCUUCUGCCCCUAGGCGGCAACUCCCCGGGGAGGCCGCUCGGGCGCCCGCGCGGCAGGGAGGCUUCGUUUCGGUUUCGCAGCGGCGGCGGCGUUGUUGGCUGAGGGGACACGGGACACCUGAAUGCCCCCGGCCCCGGUUCCUCCGACGCGAUGGGGAAGGUGCUAUCCAAAAUCUUCGGGAACAAGGAAAUGCGAAUCCUCAUGCUGGGGUUGGACGCGGCCGGCAAGACCACAAUCCUGUACAAGUUGAAGCUGGGCCAGUCAGUGACCACCAUCCCCACCGUGGGGUUCAACGUGGAGACGGUGACUUAUAAAAACGUCAAGUUCAACGUAUGGGAUGUGGGCGGCCAGGACAAGAUCCGGCCGCUCUGGCGGCAUUACUACACCGGGACCCAAGGUCUGAUCUUCGUAGUGGACUGCGCCGACCGCGACCGCAUCGAUGAAGCCCGCCAGGAGCUGCACCGCAUUAUCAAUGACCGGGAGAUGAGGGACGCCAUAAUCCUCAUCUUCGCCAACAAGCAGGACCUGCCUGAUGCCAUGAAACCCCAUGAGAUCCAGGAGAAACUGGGCCUGACCCGGAUUCGGGACAGGAACUGGUAUGUGCAGCCCUCCUGUGCCACCUCAGGGGAUGGACUCUAUGAGGGGCUCACAUGGUUAACCUCUAACUACAAAUCCUAAUGAGCAUUCUCCACCCAUCCCCCCCAGGAGAGAAAUCAAAAACCCAUUCAUAGGAUUAUCGACACCAUCACCUCUUUCAAUCGCCACUUUCUCUUUUGAAUUUGAACUCAUGGAGUUAACUAUUCCACGAUUUGAUGGGGUUUGGGGGGUUCUUUUUUGUUAGUUUGUUUUUCCUUUUGCUUUGCGUUAGGAUGCUCUGAUCUGACAUUUGACAUGAACACAAAAUGCUAGAUGCUCUUGUUGACUUCCAGCAAAUGGGAUGGGGGAAAUAUAGUAAUUCUUGGUAAAGUCCUUUAUAAUAAUGGUUUGAUUUUUUUAUUUCUAGAGAAUCUUUUUUUCCCUAAUGUAUGCUUUUUUCCUUUUUGCCCAGUUUCUUUAUCACUUGCUGUAGAUGGCUUCCUUUGCAUUCAAGCAGACUAUGUUGCAAGUCUGUUUCAUCUAGUAAACUGAAAAUUAUUGCUUAA